AUGUCGAACGUCGAUAUCAAGGUCGCCGGAUGGAAGUUGGUCGAGGUCGGACGCAUUGUCACUAUCCGACAGGGCCCCUUUGCUGGCAAGCUGGCCGCUAUUGUUGAGAUCAUCGAUGCUGGAAGAAUCCUUGUCGAUGGUCCCUCAACGAAAGAAGACGCAGUCGUGCCCCGACAAGCCAUCUUCACCAGCACAGUCACUUUGACCCCUUGGGUGAUCACCAUCCCAAGAUCUGCCGGUACCGGUGCCGUCAAGAAGGUGUGGGAGAAGCAGGAGGUUGACAAGAAGUGGUCCGAGUCAUCGUGGGCUAAGAAGAGAGAGCAAGCCGACCGAAGGAAGAACCUGACAGACUUUGAACGAUUCAAGGUCAUGAGAUUGAAGAAGCAGCAACGAUUCGAGACACUGAAGGCGCAAGCCAAAGUUCGGGCGACGGCAAAGGCAUAA